AUGGUGGACUGUGAGCUGAAAUUUCACCAGCAUGUGUCACCAGCAGUCAGCAAAGGAUACAAACUCCUCGCCAUAAUGAAAAGGACAUUCACUCAACUCACAAGGACAACUCUGCCUCUGCUCUUCAAAACCGUAAUAAGACCCCACCUUGAAUACGGGAGUAUCCUCUGGCAUAGCAGAUUCAAAGAAGAUGCAAGGAGGGUUGAAAGGGUCCAAAGAAGGGCAACCAAGCUGGUCAGAGAGCUGAAGAAUGUCCCAUACCAAGACAGACUCAAAGAACUGAACUUGUACUCCCUGCUGGACAGGAGGAGAAGAGGAGACAUGAUCUUCGUGCACCAGUUAAUGCAUGGACUUAUCAAUCUCCCUCUACAUGUAGAUCACUUCUUCACAAAAUCAGUAGGCAGAUCAACAAGGGGACACUGCCUGAAACUUCAGAAAGAGCACUGUAGACUGGACAUUCGCAGCUAG